UAUUCCUCUGAUCCACUGGGCCCUCCAGCCGCUCCCUGGUCUCUGAUGGAGGGCAGCCCAGAGAAGCAGAAGCCCAGCCCGCGACACCGGCCCAAACCCAGGGGCCCCUCCACACUGACUCUGGGCCAGACCCGCAGCACAGAGGACCUGUCUGAGGGCCUCCCCGGGGCCAACUUCAGGAAGGGCUUCUCCCUGCGUAACGUCAGCCUGUGUAUGGUGGACGGGGUCCGGGACAUGCUCCAGAGGACCCGGGGAGCCUCCCCAGAACCCCGCUGCUUGCUCAACGGGGAUACGGGGGGGUGUUGGAGUCCCCGCCUGCUGCGUAUGCCCCGGGGAUCCCGCUCUGCCACCCUGAGGCCCCUGCCAGCUGAGGUGCAGAGGGAAGGAGUCCUGCGCUACAUGGUGGCGGACGACUCGCACAGCAUGGGCAGCAGCGCCCAGUGGCAGAAGUGUCGUCUGCUGCUGAGGAGGACGAGAGGAGGAGGAGGAGGGGUCGCUGAAGGGGAGGGGGGCUUCCUGCUGGAGUUCUAUGUGCCGCCCAAGGUAGGUCCCCUGGUCUGCGCAGAAGUUGUCUUGAGCUUUGAGUGGUUAUCUCAAACUGUGAGAAAGGCACAAAGCAGAACCAAUCAGUAAAAAAGCACAUCCCCUUCAUUAUCAACGCAUCGUUCCGACAACAUCAACAUAGCCUUUCCAGACUCUGAAGUCAGGAGGACUUUGAGUUAGGUGUCAGCCAGACUAGUGAGCUAUAUGAAUUUGGGUCAAACUACCAGUGAAAAAUAGAUUUCUAACAGUGCUGCAGUGCUAACUGUAACUUGUCUCUUCUCUCUGACCCAGUCGUCGAAGCCCAAAUUGAGUGUUCCUCUGACAGCUGUCAUGGAGGUGCGGACCACCAUGCCCCUGGAGAUGCCAGACAGGGACAACACCUUUGUCCUCAAGGUCAGCUUUACUUGUAAUGUCAGGACAUUUUUAUCACAAGUGUAUGUAGGCGUUAUGACAUGCCAUUCAGGGUUACCAAAUGCGCUGUAUGAUGCAGAUUUGCAUAAUGAACCAAACAGUGUAUGACAGGCUGAGUACAGUGUCUAUGUAGUUAAUUGAGUCCCUCACUCUAUAUACACUUGUCAAACAAGUCUUUUGUAGUAGUCAAUGUCAAUGCUUUGUGCACAGUGAGUGAUAAAUAUAUAGAGAUGCAAUUGACAGAGAGACAUAAAUAGUUGGGUGAUUUAAACCACAGACCAUAUUGUUCAGCUAAGCUCUUGUCAGUAGGCCAAAACAGGCUGCUAAUAUGGUACCUUAUACAUCAAGAUAUGUUCCGCUACAUUCACUCAAUUAUAGGUUGGCCUAUACACAGUAUAUAUUUAAAUGAUCUUAUAUUCUUCAGUGACCUUCAGCCCUGUAAGAACUAUGUUUGAUAGAUACAUUUGUGCUGUAUAAUAGAACUUAACCAUCUAUAUUAUUUGGUUUCUUUAUACACCUAUCCAAUACACUCAUGUCUACACAAGUGUCUAGUUGAUUUGGAAUGUGCUAAUAUUGUGCCUAAUCCAAUGCUUGUGUUGCAGGUGGAGAAUGGAGGUGAAUACAUCCUGGAGACAUUAGACUCCCUUCAGAAACACUCCUGGGUGGCUGACAUUCAGGACUGCAUAGACCCGGGGUAAAGAAAAAUAACAGUACACUCACUUCCCUGUGAUCUAGGGGUACAUCUUAAUGAAGUCUAAUGUGCAAGUAGAUUCCUUCCCUUCUCUCUGUUCCUGCACUGACGUGAAGGAGAAGUGAAAGCAAAAUCCCAGUGGGCAACCACCAUAUUGCCUUCAUCUACCCUGUCUUUUCAGAUUGACAGAAGAAGAAAAAGGACUUCAGUUCAGACUAUUGAGGUGUACCCCCAUAUAGAUGAUUUUAAGCAGUAACAAUCAAACCAGUUCCUUCUCAUCCCCCGUUUUAAUUAAUGUGUUUGUCUUCUCUGUGCAGGGACAGUGGAGAUGACAUUGAGCUGACGUCUUGUCCUCAUGGCCAGUUCCCCUCGGUGUCCACCUGUAACUGUGAGCUCACGUCUAGUGAGUAUUUAUUUACUUUAAUUGGUAAUGAUAUCUCAGCAUCUGACUCUAUGGGGUAACUUUCUCUCCAUGCUCUCUCUAUGUCCACCCAGACAUACACAAGACCCCUCAGCACCGUGCUGGUCCCUGUGGCCCCUCAGGACCUCGCUGUCGGACCCUGCUGGCCUCCCCUUCGCACCCCACCCAUGUCCCGCUAGAACGCUUCCUCCAGUCACUGGAGUCCAACAGGCCUGGAGCAGGUAAUGGCCAGCUCUGUAUGUGGAAGGACUGCUUUUUGCAAAGCCAAUAUAGUGACAAAAGGUUCUUAUAUUGUGCUUCUCACCCAUAGGUGAAGGUACACCCCGCUCUGAGACGGACACCUCUCUGACCUGCUACCCAUGGUUCCACGGUACACUGUCUCGAGUGAGUGCUGCUCAGCUGGUGUUGGUGGGCGGAGCCCGGAGCCAUGGGCUCUUUGUGAUUCGCCAGAGCGAGACACGCCCGGGAGAAUACGUCCUCACCUUCAACUUCCAGGGCAAAGCCAAGGUAACGCCAUCCGUUUUGUCACCAAAGCCCCAUAUAUUACCCACCGUUGUGACCUGUACGCUCUCGUUGGCUGGCCCUCACUACAUAUUCAUCGUCAAACCCACUGGCUCCAGGUCAUCUAUAAAUCACUUCUAGGCAAAUCCCCGCCUUAUCUUAGCUCAUUGGUCACCGUAGCAACACCCACCCGUAGUAUGCGUUCCAGCAGGUAUAUCUCACUGGUCAUCCCCAAAGCCAACACCUCCUUUGGCCGCCAUUCCUUCCAGUUCUCUGCUGCAAAUGACUGGAACGAACUGCAAAAAUCUCUGAAGCUGGAGACUCUUAUCUCCCUCACUAACUUUAAGCAUCAGUUGUCAGAGCAGCUUACCGAUCACUGCACCUGUACACAGCCCAUCUGUAAUUAGCCCACCCAACUACCUCAUCCCCAUAUUGUUAUUUACAUUGUUAUGUAUUUUGCUCAUUUGCACCCCAGUAUCUCUAUUUGCACAUCAUCUUCUGCACAUCUAUCACUCCAGUGUUAAUACUAAAUUGUAAUUAUUUUGCACUAUGGCCUAUUUAUUGCCUUACCUCCAUAACUUACUACAUUUGCACACACUGUAUAUAGAUUUUCUAUUGUGUUAUUGACUCUACGUUUGGUUUACCCCAUAUGUAACUCUGUGUUGUUGUUUUUAUCGCACUGCUUUGCUUUAUCUUGGCCAGGUCGCAGUUGUAAAUGAGAACUUGUUCUCAACUGGCUUACCUGGUUAAAUAAAGGUGAAAUAAAUAAAAAGUACACUCAGACGCAACCUGGUUCCAAACUAGUCUCUUUAUCUGGCCGGCUGCCCAUUCAUUCAGGGUUCCCCUUUGUGUCACAAGGGCAAAAUCUGUCAGUCCUCCAGAUAUGUUCUAACAAUGGUAGAGGGUUUCCUGUCUGUAUUUGUCAUAGCCCUGCACAUGUAAACCACAUGCUUCCUCUGCUGAGUAUUGGCCAUAUGGCCUUGAUUCAUUAAAACAAUUAUUCACCCAAAGAUUCCCUUGUAUUCCCCUGCUAGUUCACCCAAAUGUACCUCAUCUUAUGGACAAAUGAAAGUAGUCUAGCAACAACCCAAGAUGUGUGUGUUUACUAAGCUACAGCUUAGCAUUAGCAUUGUUGAAUGCAAAUAAUGGUAGAAAGACCUAACAGCAUGCCUCUACCUCCCUGUGAGCAGCACCUGCGUCUGUCUGUGGACUCUCAGGGCCAGUGCCAUGUGCACCACCUGUGGUUCCAGAGUGUGGGGGACAUGCUGCAGCACUUUCACUGCCACCCCAUCCCAUUGGAGUCCCGCGGGGCUGCAGAUGUCACGCUGCGAUGCUACGUCCAGACACAGCGCAGCCGGCCAGGUAACACGUGGGCUAAUGCUGUCUUACUGUUUGAGAUAUUUUUAUGUCAAAUGUAGGCUAUUAUUAUGAUUAUAAUAAUGUACAACAUGUCUAGUGCCCAAAAACAAUCCCUGCAUUCCGUGAUUCUUGACCCAUAUCUAACCUCUCAUCUUAAAUUUGUUCAGUCAAGCAUUUACAUUAUCGAAGCUACAAAAAGGGUUACCUAGCGGAACAGUGGUUUUCAAAGAAAAAAUAGUUUCAAGCCAACAAUGGACUCUUUUAGGAAAGAUGCACUGGACUAGGCAAGCAUAAGGAAUUGAGGAUCCCUCUUCCAGGCUGAUGUCUUUUUGAUGUUUCGCCACAAGGGAAGGGAGAGGCGAAAGAGACAGAGGGCACUUUUAGUUGGCCUAAUCUCCUUUUCUCUGGUCCUCCCUCUGUAGGAUUACCUUCUUUACUCUGUGCUGCUCUCUCUUCCCUCCCAUGCUCCAAUGGUGCCCACUCGUCUCCCUCCAUUGUGUGUAACCCCUCUUAGUACCAGCCUUUCUGAAUUAAUUUGGUCUCUCCUAUUUUGAUUUCUACUGAAAUCCUUCCCUAUGGAUCACUAAAACCAGUCCUCUUAUUUUGUUUUUAUCUUAAGAUGUUCUUUUGUACUAUUACCCCCUGAAUAUAGAAUAUAGAACAUCAUAUUAUUGUAACUGCAAUUUCUGACUUGAUGCUGCUGUGCUCCAAGCUAGAUCUAUGGUAGCCUGAUCCACCAUCCUGACCGCUGCGUUUUGGCUUAGUUUCACAACAGAAUGUAAGCUUGCAAGAUCAUGAUGGUCGAACAAGGUUAGAUCUAUGGUGCAUUUGUCUGUGUGUUUCAAACAUGUCUUGUGUGUCCGUUGGGUUCCUCUUUGCAGAGCUCCGUGUGUCUCGGUUGUCCACCCCUACCAGAGAGCCUAGCUGUCGGAACGGCCUCCACCAAUCGGCACAAUUCUUUCCCGGAGUCUUGCAGCCAGUUGGCGGAUCUGUGGACUCUCCUCUCCCCCCCAGUUCCCCUGCUCUGCCCCGCAUCCUGCCUCCCUUCCCCAGACUAGAAGAUGGGGGUAGUGGUGGCUUACGGAGUCGCAGUGGCAGCAUAGAGCAUCUUCUACCGCCCUCUGGUGGCUCAUCCGAUGAACAGCAGGAGACUGAGGGAGCACAAAGAACACGAGCAGUAGAGAACCAGUACUCUCUCUACUGAGGAACCUUGACGUCAUCUAUGACUCUGACAGCAUCAGGAUCACAUAUCUGUUUUGUCAAAGGGAUUUUGCAGGUGGUGGAACAGGUUUGGAGAGCCUUUACGC